CUUCCAGGUUAGCCUUGGGGUUCGGGCACGCUUGGCUUGCUGACUGUUCCUUCUAACUGCAGUCAGCUUUCAGCUUCUGAAAUAACGUUGGGUUUGUCUUGUCCUGAUUUUAUUUUUGUAAAUAUAAGGGUUGUGGUUUUUUUGGUUUUGGUAACAUCUUAUUGAUUGAGAGCUACUAACUUCCUUGAAUACCGAUGCAUUUGACAGCUGAGAACAAGUGAAGUGAAAGGUGACUUAUUUUUAAUCACUCAAGACUAAUUACCUAACUUGAUUUCUCCCUCUCUGUCCCUGUUGCUUUUGUAUUUUGACAAAACUGCUGCCCCAAACCCCCGGCUGCAGCUGGCGCUAAUUACAGGCUCAGUGAAGGAGGGGAGUUUUAAAACUACACGGAAUUUGAACCACCCUGUGUCCCGUGAGGCUCGCUCCCCUCCAAGGCUGGGGGCAGGAUUACUCCGUUGAAGUCACAACCACAUCUACCCUGCAGAAGUUGGUCGCACAGCAGCGAAGGAGAGUAUGUAAGAAUCUAUUCUCUGGGAGCAGCUGCCAUAGGAGAGUUCUGGGCUAUGUGAUUAUCUGCCUCGCUUACCCUGCUGGGGUUGGUAAGUCUGGGCUUUCUGUCCUUUUUUUUUUUUCCCCCUCCUUAUGCUUUGUUCCAGAAUGCAGGCACCAUUUGCUGUAUUUGAAAGCGAGCAGUUUUGCUCGGAUGACCGUAUUUUAGCUCUUUACAUUUGCACUAAGCGCAUUUUCAAAGCAAUACAGCAAAUUUCUUUAGCACGGAAGGAUCUGGGUACCUGCGGCCUGUUUUUCAGAAGCAAGUGAGGCACGCAGCAUUCCGAAUCCCAGUGACGUUCAGCAAGAUUUAGACUGCCAAGUACUCUUGCCUCUUUUGAAAAUGGCACUUGGUUUCCUAAGUCCCAUAAGCGCUUAAGAAAAUGUUGUCCUGCUUUUUGCGUGUGUAAAUGAUUCUGCAGCUCAGUAGUUGUGCUGAUGCAAGCAGGAGAAGGCACGGUGUACUGCCUCUUGUCUGCUUUGGACUUGCUUGCAGGCAUAUUGCAAUUCCAGUGUUACCUUCCACUUUGGGGAGGGGAUGGUGCAAUUGAAGCUAAAAAAGAACCCCCCAAAAGGAAAAAAAAAACCCAACCCAAACGGCUGUACUGUGGCAAUGUGUAAAUUCAGGAGCUUGUAAGCAUGAUGUAUCUCAGCUAGCCACAAUGCAGAAGAGAUACCUAGGAACAGAAGUGAUAUUACGAAUCAAAAUCCUGGUUAAUGCCCUUCCUAUAUCUUCAAGAGUGAUUAUUUUGUUGACAUGGUAUAGAGGCUAAAACUGCAGGAAAGCAUGCAGUUUACUGUUUACUAAAAGCAAAUAUUCUAGAGACAAAGAAAAAUCACAGGUGGUCUUUAUAAAAAGUACAUUGUUUAGUUCUUGUUAUUCCUCUUUUUCCAAUAAGUUUGAGGUCUUCUGCCUGUCUUUCACUUGCAGGACUACAUGGGACUCUGGUGAUUAGAUACCGGUCGUCAUGUUGGCAGAAGGCAUCUUAACUAGACUCAUGUAUAAGGAAAGCUGUCAUCAAGAUAAGCCUCGCAAAUCUCAUGCAUCCAAAAAGGAUAAAGAGGGUAUCUGGAGACAGAAGCUUGUAGACAACCCCAAAAUUAAAGGCCUUGCUGGUGAACGUGAGAGGCAGGAUGAAAUCUCUGCUAAAAGUAGCAAAGUGGAACAUGAGAGCGGUCCUCAGUGGAGAUCUGUAAAAGAGGUACCUGCCAAAGGUCAGAACACGCUUGUUAAAGGAACCGUAUCCCCAGCGUUGCAAAUCCCCAAGAGGGAACACAACACUGAACAGAUGGAUUUGUAUAGAUCCCGGUCAUACAACAGCAUUUAUCAGAACUACCCUGACCUACAUAUUGGGGGAGACCGUGUGGGGGACCAUACGUGUGAUUCGGGUUGUGUUUUGGACCAUUUGUGUGAUGAACUUCCCGAUGGCCCUGUUCUGCUGUCCAUAGAUUUUCCUUCAGGUCAGUCUCCUCUAUGUGAGCACCUGGAAAAGCCGAGCAUGAAGUCCCUGUCCGGAGAUGAAGCUGGCGAAAGGAGCAUCGUGUUCUGUAAGGAGCCUCUCUCAAACUCCACGCUCAACAAGUACAUGGAAACAAAAGUGACAGAGCUCUAUAAACAGUUUUUUGAAGAAAACUUGACCAGGUGUGGUUCUGUAACGAACCUCCUGGCUUGCAGUCUGCUGAGGAAUAACCUGAAUCAGAUAAGCUCUCAGGAACCUCCUGGCUUGCAGUCUGCUGAGGAAUAA